AUGCCGUACUCGAAAGGCGCCAACGGCAGCAACACGAGUGCCGCGCCAUCCCCAAGGACAGGACCAGACGGAACGUCACGCACAUCCAGCAACACUACGCCAGCGACCAAACGAGCCAAGUUCAUCAGCGACCUCAUCCCGGAAUCUACGUUGCUCAACAGACCGGUCCCCUCCACCACCAAGCAGCCCAACGACGACAUAGGUGUAUGGGUCGACCGCAGCACCUGGGACAAUCUUCUCAAGACAAAUCCAGCCGCCACCACCACCAACCAUGACUCUCCCCUGGCCACUACGACCAGCUCCCGGUCUGGCCAACGCCCACACUCCGCCGUCCUAGGUCCUUUGAUAGACGUCUACUUCACCAAAAUCCAUCCUCUCCUGCCUCUACUCUCAGAACCCGACUUCCGCUCGGCCCACGCGGCGGGCCACAUCCCCGAGCCCCUCGUGCACGCCAUGUGUCUCGCCGCCGCCAAAGACCCAUCCGCCACACCCCACCUCCGCCUCUCCGACUCCUCCACCACCCUCCCACCGCGACAAUUCUGCACCAUCCUGCACGCCAGCGUCACCGGCUCUCUCCGCGCCCCCGUGCGCUUCGAGAAGGUAACCCUCAUCCGCACCCUCGCCCUCACAUCCCUGCACAACGAAGGCCCCGAAGGCGCCGAGGAAGCCUCCCUCCUCCUCUCGCAAGCAAUGCACCACGCGCAGACCCUGGGGAUUCAUCUUGGUCAGCAGACGACCAAUCCCCCAUUGAGUUCCGAAGAUAGCAGCAACGACAAUGACCUUCAAAUGAAACGCCUCUUCUGGUGCCUCUGGUCCCUCGAUCGCCUUAGUGGCGCCAUCAAUGGCCGGCCGCUCAUCAUGAGCGACGUGGAUAUCGCUAUCGAGCCCUUUGCACCUUGCGAAAGUGGCUUCCCGGCUUUCGAGGCGUGGCUCAAAAUCGCCUCCAUCCUCAACCGUGUCAUCGACCUCUACCGCCCGGGCAACGAUGAAGCGGAGAGCGGGUGGGAAGGCGAGUGGCCUGUGCUGGAAGAACUGCUCGACUCCGUGCAUGGCUGGGACUUAUCGCCCUCCAUCCUCGCAACGUUGCAUCUGUUCUACCUCACCGUAGGCAUCCUAUCCCAUCGCACACGAGGCGUUCGUGAGCUCCCGCAGGCUAAGGGAGGGAAUCUGAGGCAACGCCUUAAUGCCAUCGAGAUCAUACGCAUGAUGUCCGACCCCUCGGCGCCGGCUCUGCAUCCGUUUCCCUUGCUGCCUUACUCCGUCAGUCUGGCAUUGUCCGUAUCGUACCAGUUCCUGCGACAAGCGCAACUUUCGCACCAACAAACCGAUGCGCAUCGGGACUUUCGCACUUGUGUUAGUAUUCUGCAGAGUCUGAGGCGGACAUGGAGUUCAGCGGACGUGAUGACUACGCUCGCGAAGAAGGUGCUUGAUGAGCUGGAUCGCGCGACGGAUCUGGGCACGUUCAGGAUUCGGAGGCGAAAGCCGGGGGAUAAAGAUGAGAAAGACCUCAUACCCCCGCCGACGGCUUGUCAUCAUGGGGUUGGGGCGGUGCAGACGCUUGUGGGUAGUAAUGGGGACACUCCGCAGCAACGAGAAGGAGUAGCAAACGCUGCGAUGGGAGCUGCUGGUGAGGCUGCGGGGAUGGGGCAACAGGACGGAUGGGAUCUGUUCGAUAACAUGGACGAUGUGUUUGGGACUUUUCUGGAUCCGAAUUAUCCGAUGAACCUGGAUGAUCUGUCGUUCGUGGACGAUCUCACGCCGUUUGAUUGGAACGCUGAAGUCGGUACAGGCGGAGUGGGAUAG